GAAAAUGAUUAUGUUUGUCAAGAGUGUGGUAAAAAUUUUACCUAUAAAAAAAGUUUGAUACGACACAUUCGGACUUAUGAAAAUGGUCAGUUUCAAUGUAAAUGGUGUCAGAAGGUAUAUUGUAAUAAAGGCAAUUUAAAUGUCCACAUUCAAGCUGUUCAUAUGAAGAUGACUUUAACCUGCCCAUUUUGUAACAAGACUUUCUCCCAAAAGGGAAAUUGGAAAACACAUAUUAAAUUUUAUCAUCCUUUUAAGUGUUUUAUAUGUGGUAAAGUUUUUGGAAAAAAGGGUAGUAUGAAAUUACAUAUUCAAGGAAUUCACAUGAAGAUGGCUGUCAACUGUCCAAUCUGUUAUAAAUCAUUCAAUCAAAAAGGAAAUUUAAAAAGGCACAUGAUGUUGAGACACAAUACUUUGCAAUGUGGCCAAGAUCCUUUUGAGUGUAUGUUUUGUGGCAAGAGUUUCAGCAAUAAGAGUAACUUGAACUAUCAUACCAAAAUAAUACAUAUGAAAAUGAGUACUGGAGUUAGAUGCCCUGUUUGUCACAGAAGUUUUAGUGCCAAAUCAAGCAUGAAGAGACAUGUUACAUCAGCUCAUUUGAAAAUGCGAUUUCAAUGUUCCCAGUGUGAAAAAAGUUAUACACAAAAAGCUCAUUUGAAUGAACAUGGUGAUGGCUUUAGUUGUCCUGUUUGUGGAAGAAGUUUUACCACCAAAGGAAGCAUGAAGAGACAUGUCACAUCAACUCAUCUCAAAUUGCGAUUUCAAUGCUCAGAAUGUGAUAAGAGUUAUACCCAAAAGGUUCAUUUAAAUGGACAUAUGUUAACAUGCCACAAUAGUACUGGAUGA